GGGAUCGAGAUGGUUCCUCCAAAACAACUCCUGCUGCGAUCUCGGAUGACAAACCUGCCGAAACUAAAAUUGAACGCUUAUUAUUUUCGAUAUCGUGAUUACCAAAAGUUUCGGCGCACCAGCCUAACGAUGCGAAUCUGCCGCGUUUGUGGCGAAUCGUUGCUAGCGCAAAGCCAGCCCCAGAGCUUGGACAGGUAUACGGGCAUUUACUUCCAUCUGACCGCGAUCCAGCUGGCGGACCACGAAGAUCCCGCCCAGUGCAAGAUCUGCGGGCUGUGCAUCGAGAAGCUGGAGGACUUUGACCGCUUCCGGAAAGUGUGCCUGGAGGUGCACUGGCGGCUGAGCAAAGUGAAAUUUGAACCGAUAGAUGAGGAUGCGCACGAGGAGACGGUUCAGGUGGAGUGCAAGACCGAAUUUCAGGAAGAUUUUGAGCUGAUCCGGAGUGUGAUUAAGGAGAAGAACGAGGUGGAAUCUAGCGAUGAAGAGGAGGACGAUGAGGGCAAUUUGGACGGGAAUGACUCAGACUCGGACGAUGAAGACGACGAUUACAUGGAUGAUGAUAUCGUUGCAGACGAACUUCCGUUGUUUCCCAAAACAGAGUCCGGCGAUUCUGACUCGGAGGAUGAGCCCAAGCCUAAGAAGAAACGAGCCAAGUGGGGCAGUUUGAAAAAGGAGCGCAAGGAACCAAUGCAGGUUUACGAGUGCGACCAAUGUCCGAAGAAGUUCCGCGUCCUGAUGCGAUUGAACGCCCACAAACGAACCCACGAAGGUUUGAAACCGUUCGUUUGCGAGCUCUGCGGAAAGGACUUUGCCAAGUGGAACAACCUGAAAACGCAUCGCAUCCAGAAGCACUCGGACAACAAAAUCGCCAUGCCGUGCAUGGAGUGUGGCCAAACGUUCGCUACCAAGCAGGGCUUGAAGCGACACCGGGAGCGCAACCACGACCCCAACUACGUCGCACCGGAGCCGAUUUCGUUCAUGUGUGACACGUGCGGCAAGACGUUCACCACCAACGGGACGCUCAAGAAGCACAAGUACAUCCACACGCCCAACGAGAUGCCGUUUGUGUGUCAAAUCUGCGACAAAAAGUUCCCCACCAAGCACAAAUUGCACGAGCAUACGAUGCGACACGAGGGCGUAAAGAAUCACACUUGCCCGUGCUGCGGCUUGCGGAAAACGACCAUGCAUGAGCUGAGGACGCACAUGAAGAACGUACACUCCAAGUCGCGGACGAUUCCGUGCGAUUUCUGCACCACGAUGUUUGCCAACAUUGGAAACCUCAACCGCCACGUCAAGAUUGUCCACCUGGGCGUAAAGCCGUACAACUGCACGGUUUGCGAUCGCGCAUUCGGCAAAUCCGACCACCUCAAACGCCACAUGAAGAGUCACAAUCGAACUGGGGGGCCCAGCGGAGGAGGGGUAGCUACGGAAGCCGACGAUGAACACAUUCCAGUCGUGGACGCGGCGGCCACGUUGCCAUCCCAACCGGCGGCCCACACUCCGAUGGUGCCGAUGCUGGCACAGGCAGAAUGAGUUGUGUUAACAAAUAAAGCAUUUUAAACCGUUUCACCCCAAAUAAAGUACUCUCUACUGUGGAUAAGGCA